AACACCCAUAACUCACCAUUCGUGUGUUCGUGCUUGCAAAAUGUUGAAUCAACAAGUCACGUGGUUGCCUAGUGGGCUGGUUCGUGUUUGAUAUCAGUCGUCGCCAACUAGAAUUCUAGAAGAGGUUUGGCUACGCGAGAGCCUGAUCGCCAGAGCUUUUGCCAGGACUCCCUCUUGCGCAUUGAGGUCAUUGCGCUGAGGACUUCCACUCAACAGAAAAAUGCAAAGGCUUCAGAGGCUGAAGAAGUUGACAUAUGCGCGCGUAUAUCACUCUAGAAGCGCUGUAUUUGGUCACAAGCCAACACAAGCCAAAGAUUCAUUGGUUUUAGCUGUCGACCAGUCGCUCGUCCAGAACACUCCGGGUAACAUCGUACAACUAACUACUGCAUAUCAAACUCACGGUUACAAGAAAUCUGUGGUGGAUCCUCUGCAGCUCUCUCUAAGAAUUGCUCCAGAGCUGGAUCUGUCUCUUUAUGGCAUUGAUCUUACAUCAACGUCAACUUAUGACUUACGAGGUCUUAUCUACUCUUCGCAACUGACUCAGGGAACAGUCAGUGACUUGGUUCAAUAUUUAGAAAAUGUGUACUGUGGACCCUGUAGCAUAGAAGCUGGUCAUGUACAUGAUGAAGAAGAAAAGCAAUGGCUUCUGUCUGCAUUUGAGAAGAGCAGAAGGGAGUUUCCUAUAGAAGACGAAGAAAGAAAACAGUUAGCGGGAUGUCUGAUUCGAUCACAGGCAUUUGAUAAUUUUUUGGCAAAGAAAUUUGGUCAUGUGAAACGGUAUGGAGCCGAGGGUGCGGAAAGCUCAUUAGGCUUUAUAAGAAAGUUGCUACAACUGUCAGCUUUGACUGGAAUCCAGGAUGUUGUGAUUGGAAUGCCUCAUCGUGGUCGUCUCAAUCUUCUAGUGGAUGUUUUGAAAUUUCAUCCAACAGCAAUGUUCUAUAAGAUGAAAGGGAAUACCCUUAUUCCUGAUGGUUCACACGGGAGUGGUGACGUUUUGUCUCAUCUUGUUAACUCAGUAGAUUUGACGUUUGGGAAAGAAGUUGUUCAUGUGACCAUGUUGCCUAAUCCUUCACAUCUAGAGGCUGUGUGUCCAGUGGCUGUUGGGAAAGCUCGUGGACGGCAGCUAAGUUUGAAAGAAGGGGACUAUAGUUUACAGAGUGGCCACUUGCCUGGAGACAAGGUACUUUGUCUUCAAGUGCACGGUGAUGCAUCAUUUACAGGACAGGGUAUUGUACCGGAGACACUGACUUUGUCUCAGGUUCCUCAUUUUAGAGUAGGAGGAAGUAUUCAUCUUUUGGUGAACAAUCAAUUGGGGUUUACAACUCCAUCUAACAGAGGAAGAUCAUCAUUAAAUGCUAGUGAUGUGGGAAAGAUGAUUGGCUGUCCUGUGUUUCGUGUCAAUGGAGAUUAUCCCGAGGAAGUUAUUAGAAUGUGUCAGCUUGCCAUAGAAUACCGCAUGAAGUAUAGACGUGAUGUGAUUGUAGACCUCAUUUGUUUCAGACGUUGGGGUCAUAAUGAACUAGAUGAUCCAUCACUGACGCAGCCGCUUAUGUACAAUGUCAUUAAUUCAAGACACAGUGUGCCAGAUAUUUAUGUGAAGAGCUUAGUUGAAUCUGGUAAACUGAGUAAGGAGUUUGCUGACACAGAAACAGAAAAUUUUAAUAAGGAGCUUGGUCUUCAUCUGGCGGCGGCAGAGGAGUUUAAGCCUGAGGUUUGCCAUCUCCAGAAACAAUGGGCUAGCUGUCAGGAAUCAUCUACAAAACAUGUGUCCAAAUGGAGCACAGGUUGCCCUCAAGAUUUAUUGAAGUAUGUCGGUGCAAUGUCAGUUCAUGUUGCUGAUGACACGAACAUUCAUCCUCGACUUGUGAAAAGUCAUGUGGAAUCUAGGCUACGACAAGUGGACCAAGGAGUAGGCAUAGAUUGGGCAACAGCUGAAGCUCUAGCAAUAGGAUCUCUUCUGUUGGAAGGAUUCAAUGUUCGAGUCAGUGGGCAAGAUGUUGGCAGAGGUACUUUCAGUCAUCGUCACAUGAUGAUAGUAGACAACCUAACAGAUGCAACAUAUGUUCCUCUCAAUCAUCUUCAUGACGAGCAUCAAGGUUACCUUGAAGUAGCCAACAGUCCUUUGUCGGAAGAAGCAGUUUUGGCAUUUGAGUAUGGUAUGAGCAUAGAGUCACCACAGAAUUUGAUCAUUUGGGAAGCUCAAUUUGGUGAUUUCUUUACUGGAGCUCAGAUUAUUGUGGACACUUACAUCUCAUCAGGAGAGAGCAAAUGGUUACUGCAAAGUGGGCUUGUCAUGUUAUUGCCUCAUGGAAUGGAUGGGGCUGGUCCAGAACACUCUUCCUGUCGAAUUGAACGCUUUCUACAGCUAACUGAUAGCAGUGAGGAUGGUCCAGAUUCAGACAAUGUGAAUAUGUAUGUUACUCAUCCUACUACUUCUUGUCAGUACUUUCAUCUCUUACGAAGACAGAUGGUAAGAAACUUUCGGAAACCUUUAAUUGUCGCAUCGCCAAAACUCAUUCUACGAGCUUCUGAAGCAACUUCGACACUGCAGGAAAUGGCGCCAGGCACAACGUUUCAUCCUGUGUUGGAUGAUGAAGUGGAUGCUGAGAGAGUCAAACGUGUUGUUUUCUGUUCUGGAAAACAUUUCUACGCAUUAACAAAGCACAGACGUCGUGAAAAGACCGGCAGCACUGCAAUUAUAAGACUUGAAGAGCUUUGCCCAUUUCCAGCUGAAGAAUUGAAAUCAUGUCUGACUCAUUACCCUCAAGCUUCAGAGUUUGUUUGGAGCCAAGAAGAGCAUAGAAAUAUGGGUGCCUGGAGUUUUGUGCAACCAAGAUUCGAAUAUCAGUUGGGUAUAAAGUUGAGAUAUGCUGGCAGAGGCCCACUAGCUGCACCGGCAGUUGGGUAUGGAAAAAGGCACAAAGAGGAAGAACUGGCAGUUCUUUACAGUACAUUUGCAAGCUAGCUGACUGUUAUCACAAUAAAUACCAUAGUUGAUGUACAUGUGGUCACCAUAUUGCAGAUUGCAUCUAUACAAAUUCCCAGUAGUGUACCCCUAUGACCUCAACCAAUGGGGAAAUUAUCAUAGGUGCCAACAUAUGUACAUAUAAAGGAGCAAAUCCAGUUAGAAGGGGAGUUAACUAAUUAAUUGAAUUACAUUAGGGACGAUUGGCUACUGAGAAUGGCACAUUUAGUUGCAGUUUGCUUUCAGUGUACUGUAGGGUCAUAAGUUUGUGGACU